CACAAGAUGGCGGUAAGGUAUAGUCCUCCGACGCCAACUGCCUUUAUCUGAUAAACCGCAGAAGAAGAGGAGGAGCAGGGAGGAGAAGCCGGCCGGGGACGUGAUAUUUUUGCCCGAGUGAGACCUCGCUUUAACGGGACAGGUACCGCCGGGGCUAGCAAACAUGUCAGCGACUCGAAGCUAGCAAACAUGACUUAACAUACACGCCAGCUGCGGCUGUUUUGUUCCAGAAUCGUCACACGCUGACGGGACGUUACCGAGCAGCGGCGCUUGUUUCGCUGCCAGCUGUCACGCAGCCACGACGGAGCCGUGAAGGGGGGCUCGCCUGGAGCCGAGGGGUGCGCCGCAGUGCAGGAAGGCAGCCCUACCCCGCGUUAGCUCACUUGCCGCGGCCACCGACCGGACACACAGCCGAGCUUGAGCGGCCGGCGGGAGUCACCGGACUGCGGGUACCCAGUCCCCCCUUUGUGUCGCCGAGGUGCAGAUCAGAGUGACGAUAAUGCUCAGACAUGAUGCCCUGUCAGACCCAUGUGUUGCUGAAGUGGCAGGAGCACCUCAACAGCUCCUGGGCGGCCGAGGUCAGCGUCCAGACGGCCACCAGGCAUGGAGCUGCCGCCCUUUACAACAAGCUCCUCCACAACAAGGAGGUGGUGAGCGUGGCCCAGCCCGUGCAAGAACUGGUCGGCCCUCGCCUGCCUGACUUUGAGUGCGAGUCAUGCGCCACAGCCGAGAAGGAGGAAUACCUUUCGUCGUUGCUCCACAGCCAGCGAUGGUUGUCUCACUGCAUGCUGACGCAGACCCGCUACACGCACAGCCUCCACCACAGGCUAGUGGUUCUCCAGAGGAUCUACUACGCACUUCACACGAAAUACCACGACAACUUCCGCGCGCAGCUUCCCGCGCAAGUCGCAAAGGGUGGCACGGAAUGUGGGCAACUUGAGCUGGCCUCAGAGCCCUGCUUGCCAGGGAGUGCCUCCAAGGUCAAAUCGGGCACGGACGUUCUAAUAGAGAUGGGCGUGAGGACAGGUUUGAGCCUGCUCUUCUCACUCCUGCAGCAGAACUGGAGGUAUGCCGCCUCCGAGCAUCCAGAUUCCAUGCUUUGCAACGACGUGCUCGUCACCGCCUCCUCCGUGCUGGCGUCCCUGCCGCCACUUUCCCUCGCCAACGAAAGCAAGAUACCCUCAGUCGGGCUGGACUGCUUAGCCCAAGUGGCUGACUUUUUGAAGAAGACGUCGGUAAGCUGCGGGACCGGCGGUGCUGACGUUACCGGAAGGAGGCUGGCGUUGGAGCUACUCCUCGGCCUGGCCAUGCAGAGAGGAUCGCUGAGGUUUCUCCUGGAGUGGGUGGAGGUGGCUUUGGCGGCUUCCAUGUCCUCACGCACGCUCGCACCAUCUUCCACCUCCCCACUCAGCUCCCAGCAGGCAGCUGGUGUGGGAUUUGAUGUCAUCCAUCACACUCUUCUCCAAAUGAGGCAGUUUUCGGGUUUCCGUGGCGACGUCGUCCACACUCCGGUGCUACAAAGGGACACAGACGGUCUUUGCAGACUCUCCCAGGCUGCCCUGUGUCUCUUUGAGCAGAUCUGUAACCUGGCGUCGUACUGCCUGUGCUCCUGCAGCACUGAUGCGGUCGCUCCGGGCAGCGAGAGCGACGCUGUGGUGGUGUACGUGUGGGGGAGCAACAGCAGCCAUCAGCUGGCAGAGGGAACGCUAGAGAAAAUCCUGCUGCCUAAACCCACACAGGGGUUCAGUGACGCCCAAAUGAUCGAGGCAGGCCAGUACUGUACCUUCUCCGUGUCUGCAAAUGGCGCUGUGAAGGCCUGCGGUAAAGGCAGUUAUGGCCGUUUGGGUCUAGGGGACUCCAACAACCAGUCAAUGCCCAAGAAACUGGUGCUGGAGCCACAUAGGAACAUGAAAAAGGUGUCCUCCUCCAAGGGCUCGGAUGGCCACACCUUGGCCAUCACUAUGGAGGGAGAGGUAUUCAGCUGGGGGGAUGGAGAAUAUGGAAAACUGGGCCACGGUAACAGUGCUACACAGAAAUACCCCAAAAUCAUCCAAGGACCACUGAUUGGCAAGGUUGUGGUAUGUGUGUCUGCUGGCUACAGGCACAGUGCAGCAGUGACUAACGACGGCGAGCUUUACACAUGGGGUGAAGGGGACUUUGGCAGACUUGGCCACAGUGACAGCCAGAGCCGGAACACGCCGACACUGGUGAAGGAUAUCAGCGGCGUGGGGCAGGUGGCGUGCGGCAGUUCGCAUACCAUCGCCGUCGCACAGGAUGGACGCACCGCGUGGUCCUUUGGAGGCGGAGACAAUGGUAAACUCGGUCACGGGGACACAAACCGAGUGUAUCGCCCAAAGGUCAUCGAGGCCCUGCAUGGGUUCAUCAUCAGGAAAGUAUGCGCUGGAAGCCAAUCCUCUUUGGCCCUUACCUCUGCGGGACAGGUGUUUGCAUGGGGCUGUGGCUCGUGUUUAGGAUGUGGCUCCUCCGAGACUACCUCGCUGAGGCCCAGGUUCAUCGAGGACCUGAGUAUCACCAAGGUCAUCGACAUCUCAUGUGGUGACAGCCACUGUCUGGCUCUAUCGCACGAGAACGAAGUGUACGCGUGGGGGAACAACACCAUGGGCCAGUGUGGGCAAGGACACACCUCCACGCCUGUUACCAAACCCAAGAAAGUGCUCGGUCUGGAGGGGGUGUCCAUCCAGCAGAUCACUGCCGGAACGUCUCACAGUUUGGCUUGGACUGCAGUUCCCACGGAUAGGCAGUUGGUGGCGUGGCACAGGCCUUUCUGCGUAGACCUCGAGGAGAGUACUUUCACGUACCUGCGCAGCUUCCUCGAAAGUUACUGCGAUGGCAUCGGAGACGACGCCCCGCCAGCGCCAUUCUUAUCCAAUCGGGAGCACCAUCAGUUUAUUUUGCUGUGCAUGAAGCUGCUGUCCGUCCACUUGUCAUUGGCUCAUGCUGGGGGCACCGGAGCCAUGGUUUUGGGGUCCCAGGGCAGGCCCCUCAGGAACCUGCUCUUCAGGCUCAUCGACACCAAUAUGCCAGACUCCAUACAACAGGCUGUCAUGAACACACUGUCCAUUGGCGCCUCCUUACUGCUGCCUCCUCUAAGGGAACGAACAGAACUGCUACUCUCUCUCCUACCUCAUGGCCCACAGAGUCUAAAUGUGCUUUCUAAAGGGCAACGUCUGCAGUUAGACAUGGUCCUCAGCAGCCUCCAGGACCAGAGUCAUAUUGCAUCCCUGUUGGGUUAUAGCAAUUUCGGGGAGGUGGUGAACCUCGGACCUCCACUGACACCUGCGCCGUCUGACCGAUCGACCUACUCUUCCUCCUCGUCUGAAGCGUAUGAUCCCUUUUACUUAGCAGAAGUGCUACUCAAAACGCUUCUGCUCAGCAUCGGCUUUUACACGGAGCGAUCUUUUGGAGAAUUGGAGAAAAACAGCGACAAGCUGCUAUCAAGUGAGAGUCAACGAGAGUCAGAGCCUCCUUCGCACUUUCACCAGCUUCUCUCCGGACUCCACAAACACAUGCUUGCCAAUUGUUACAUCCAAUCCAGCCUUGAGGAUGACAGCAGUGUCAAACUACUUCGUGAGCACCUUCACUUGAUGCUUUCCUGCGCCGGAGAGACGCUCCGGAGAUCCACCACACUGUUAAGAGAGAGUUCCACAGACAAACAAAUGAUGAAGAAGCUGCACAUGGUGUUGUACAACUCCUUGGCAGGCAGCCUUCUCUGUCAAGUCAUGUAUUCCUUGCUCCUGCUGCCCCUGAGCAUGCUUCAACCUCUCCUGGACCAGUUGCUGGACUUGUUGGAGGACCUGGACAAUUUCAGCAGGUUGUUGCCAGAGACGGGCCUGUUGGAGGAGCAGGAGCUCGGGAUGGACGCUCAGAAACUGUGCUCAGAUAAAAACGAGCAUCAGGAGAAGGAUGAAGAGGAGGAGGAAGAGUGCAUGUGGCUUUGGCUGCUGGACUUGGAGCGCUCAGUAGCAUUGGCAGUUGGCCGCUGCCUCGGCGGUAUGAUGCAAGGCCUGCCGCCUUCCCGCCAGGAGAGAAGCUCAGAGUUCUGGCUAUCAAAUGUGCUCCUCCGGAAUGGCCUCGAAAUGGAUUAUGAAGAGCUGGACUCCAGCAUGGCGUGGCUCACUGAGGCCGUGAUACUGGGCGGCUGCGAUUCAAGGCUGGCGGAGCUGAGCCUCAACCAGGAGACGCUGACCUUACUUGAGGUGGCACUUGGGUGUUCCAGAGGGGCUGCCGGCUGCCUGCUGCAAAACAUGGAGGAGUACGCUCUCAGCAGAGAGUGGGAGAGUGGAGAAUCUCCGGGCGACUCUUUGCUGGAAGCUGUCUGUCGAUGCAGUUUGGCAGCACUUCUGAAGCACACCGGAAUGCAGGACAAAGCCUGUUGGCAGGACAGAUAUGAACACUGUGAGAUGCUGUUGGAGGUCUUUGAAACCGUCUAUAAAGUUCGAAUGUCUCUUUUGGCCUAUAAAAACUCUCCCAGGACCUCGCAGGUGCAUGCUGCUGCCGAGCAGACCUCCCAGAGUCCAGAGGCAGACAGGAGAGAGGAGGAGCCUGAUGCUCCGGUGGCAAAAGAUAACCAGCGGCAAUGCGUAGGUCAAUGCAGCCGGGAGGUGCAGGUGCCGCCAGCCCCAGACGCAAACCACAACCAGGACCAAGAGCAAUCAGUGGAGGAAACAUUUAGUAGCACUCGAAUGGAUCUUACAGAAGUCCUAGAGUCCUUCAUGGCGACCCGUGAGGCGAUGCAGGUCCAGCCGAACGUCACUAUUUACGAGUCCUUCGGCACCUCCUCCCUGCCUGACACAGUGGAGAUCCCCGUGAGCCCGUGUGUGGAGCUGGAUCCCAGGCAGCAGUGGGACAUCGCAAGAGAAUUAGUAGAGGAAAGUUUGCCUUUCCCAGCCGCAUGUCGUCUGCUUGUAUCCCGCUGCCUCUUCCUGCUUCUGGCAGUCCGGCCGUCCUGGGUGGAGCCUGGUGGCAGGGAGGAAAGUCAGCCUGCAAACACCGGCGCGAGGAGGGAGUCUUUUCGUGGCAGAAAACAGUCUGACCAAUCCAAGAACUCCUUGGAAUCAUACAAGAAUAAAAUGGCCUUACCUCUGUGCUCCUUGGACAUCAUGAAAGACGCUUGGGAUCGACUGCGUCAGUGCAUCAGUCCGACUGCCCCCACGGCUCAAUUUGGAAGCGACACCCAACUGAUCCUGAACCAGGCCCUGCACUUUGUGUGCGGGAGCAUGUUCCAGUCGCCAACCCACACUUGUGGCGAGGCGGAUCCCAAGGCUAUCACCUUUGCCAUCCUGCAGCAGCAAAACAGAGCAGAGAUGCGUCUGGAGGCCUUUUAUCAGAUGUCGUCCUUCCUGUCCAAGAUGGAAGACAAGAACUGCAGUAUCAGCACUUCUUCUCAACUUCCUGCAUUAUUGCACUCUGUGCAGCUCCAGUUCCUGUCUGGGUGCUUCGCUUUGGGGACGCAAAUCAUCGGCUCCCCCCCGGGGGCUCAUUAUGAGAUGCAGCAUUACACGGCUGGUACACAUUCAGCUUCUAUAGCCCUGCAAAGAGAGUUGCGUUCGGCAGCGCACGCUUUCUACCAGCAGGUGGUUCACAUCCUCAGGCAAAGGGUCCUGCUGGAAAGAAAACAACCGGGUUCAUGCCAGCACCUUCUUCUAUCCACCAUGUUUGCACUGAAUUUUUGCUACCAACCAAUGGACCUGGUGCUGGUCAUCAGAUGCGGCAUCCUGGACCUUCUCUCCACACUGACCGACAACAGCUGCGCCUUGAUGAACCAGGGCUGGUUCGCUGUCUCCACAUCUGGAUGCAUGCUGCUAAGCGGGGCCGUCAAGCUGGCGUGUACACGCCUGCUGCAGAUAUUGACUGUCGCUUCCAGCUCUUGUGAGGAGCUGCUUCCUCUUGAGGUCUCCGACGCGCUAAUGGAAGUGAUGUGUGAGCAGCUUCAGAAUAUUUUGGACACUUUCCAGCAGCAGCAGGCGGCAGAGAGAGGUACAGCUGAGAAGAUGGACGAGGACAACAAAAGCUUGAAUGAAAGCAGCAGCAGAGUGCUUGAAUGUCAGCUUGCAGACUUCCUGGUCUUUCUGAGGCGGGUGCUGUCAUUAAGAGUGAUGAAAACACUCUCCACUUUCCUGAAAUGGGUCGACCCACUCAUGGCCAUUAUAUCCUACAAGUGCGCUUCAGGAUCACCAUCCUUCCAGAACCUUCGUACUAAGCUUUUGGCCUUCCAUGUUUUGGAACGACUGUUACCUGCUUGUUCUGAGCCUGAACAUAUUCAAAAGAUUGUCAAAGACCUCUUUCAGCUGAUGUCUGUUUACAUGUGGGAGGAGCCUCUGGUUGAGAGGGCCCACGAGGAGAUGACUGCAAAGAAUCCUGGUAGCGAGGAAUGUAUUCCCAUCGGAGAUUUCUCCUUUGACCCACAUAAGCUCAUUUGCUGCUCCUUGGAGAGUGGCAACGUCCUCUCACACGGCACCGGAGGGAAAGGUUAUGGCCUUGCCACCACUGCCAUCACCUCCGGAUGCUUCAUAUGGAAGUUCAACAUCACCAAAGAAAACCGAGGCAACGAGGGCACGUGCGUGGGCGUGUCGCGCUGGCCCGUACGGGAUUACAACCAUCACACCACCACCGACAUGUGGUUGUAUCGCGCCUACAGUGGCAACCUGUACCAUGGCGGGGAGCUGGUGCGCACACAUCCUUCCUUCACGCAGGGUGACACCAUCACAUGCAUCCUAGACAUGGAGGCUCAUACCGUGUCCUUUGCUAAAAACGACAAGGAGCCCAAAUUGGCAUUUGAAGGUGUGGUUGCCUCAGAGCUUUACCCUUGUGUGUUGUUCUAUAGCAGCAAUCCAGGAGAGAAGGUGACCCUACGUGACCUGCAGAUGCGAGGCAUGCCCAGUAACCUUCUUCCCGGCGAGCCACUGUGUAGCCCUCAGAGCACUACCCUCAUCGAGUCCGCUGUGCAGCUCCUCAGGAGGCUCCACCAGUGCGACCAGUGGACCUCGCACAUCAACCAGUACAUUCAAACCCACUUGGACCUCAUUGGUCCCCUGCUGAAAGAGGAGGAUGUAGGAGGCUUUGCCCCAGACUAUACAACUACAGGCCUCAGUUCUUCGGAGAAAGAAGAAUCCGCAGGAGACGACUCGAGUGAUUUGCCGACUCAUCACAGCCUCCUAUCAGAGGCCAAGCUGGCUGCUCUGUGCACAGAAGUGUGGCCGGUUCUGGCGCUGAUCGGAGGUGUGGAUGGCGGUCUCCGGGCUGGGGGGUCCUGUCUGCAUAAACCCAGCGGGCGCAGAGCCGUCCUGCUGGGGGUCCUGAGAGAAAGAAGCUCUCUGGCCAAGCUUCAGUGGGAAGAGGCGGACCUCUCUAUAAACUCCAUGAAUUCUUGGUCACCCAGUGACACGCCCAUCAUCUCGCUGGAGCCCUGUGACUCGUCCUGCUGCGAUGUAGCCCGCAUCGGAGGUCUCAAACCGGCGGUGCUUUUGGAUCUGAUUUAUCUAAUGGGCCUGCUGGAGGAGCGAGGCUGGCUCGGCGCACAUUCGGCCAACGUACGAAAAUUAUCGGAGGAGGAGAACUUGGCGGAGGGCGAGACACAGUAUAGUCUGGAUGAGGACAUGGCGGAUGAGCUCAAGUGGUUGACGGAUGAGGACAGGAAGUCGCCAUCCUCGACAAAAGAUAUCAUGAAGAUCCACCAGGAGUCAACCCCGCAAACCAAAUUCAACACCUUCGCCUCGGAGCUACGAGCAGUUCGAGUCUCCUAUCUUCUUACCGGUGCCUUGAAAUCCCUUGCCGUGAUCUUCAGCUGCGAGAAGUUAUCAGAUUUGCUCUCAGUGCCAAAACCGGAUUCCACCAGCGCCUCGACGAGUCCGAUGUCGGACCAGGGUAAAGGUGAGGCCAGCAGGCAAUGGGAUGAGAGUGCCGAGCUAAGGUCCGUGCUGCAGUACGUGGUGCAGAGCAUGGUGAAGUGGGCGGUCCGACCAUGUCCCAUAAAACAGACGGUCUCUCUGGCCGACCUGGAGAGGGCUCAGGUCAUGAUCUAUAAAGGGGCCCUGAGAGGACUGCUGGAUAAAGAACACAAAGAACCGGGCCUCCACUCGACCUCUCAGCCCAUUUCCAAGUCGUCAAGCUCUGUCUCCUUGUACAGUGUCGGCUCGGAAGGCACCGCCAUCUUCGGACAGUCCAACAGAGCCUCCGCUUCGUCCUCUAACACCGAACUGGCCUCGUCGCUCCCGACCAACCUGCAGGCGGACGGUCACGAGCACUUCAACCCUUUCCUCCCCAUCAGCCUCCUUCAGCACAUGGUGCUAACUCGCUUCCCCACGCUGACCGGCCUGGUUAGUGCCGCACCUGUACUGCAUCCUUGCUUCAGCCUGGCCAGCUCGGCCUCCUGCGACGCCUUCAGUGAGCAGCAGACUAGCUUCAUGGAGCCGGGUCCUUGCAGCACGCAGGCCAGAAGCAGCCUGGAGCGGACACAAAUGUUUGUCACCAGUCGCUUGCUAGAAAUGGGAUUCUCUAUGAGACAUAUCUACUGCGCCAUGGAGGCAGCAGAUGUAGCAGGUGACCUGGACUCUCAGACCAUCGAGGUGUUAGCCAGCUGGAUGUUGGAGCACCCCCUGACUGAGGAACAGCAGACGACGGAGUCCAACAGGCAGAAUGGCGAGCCCGACACGCCCUCCUCUGAUGGACCCGAGACAGUGCAGUGCCCUGAACGCCCCGCCAGCCAACCCAGCGAGAGCUUGCUACCGGGUCUUGACUGGAUAGAUAGAGAGAACUUCCUUGAUGUCCAUCUGACGAGGAACAGACCACCUCCAGCGAGGCGACGGCGUUCUGGUCCGACUCAGAGGACAUCUUUUCGGAGGGCAGAUUUACCGUCACCUAACCCCGUCCGGCAGCUGUACCAGCAGAACACAGGCGAUUGGCCGGAGUAUGUGGAGUUUCAUCCCUUCUCUGCCGAGGAGGAGUCUGAGCUGGGCUACAUGGACGACGUUUACCAUGAGGAGACAUACGAGGACCUGCUCACUCCUUUCUUCAGCCUUGAAAGAGACACGCUUCACAUCGUAGAGAGUGCAGAGGAACACAGUCAGAUGGUGAAAUGCGAGCUGUGCAGCACCCUUACCUUGCAGUUCAACAACCACAUCAAGCGCCGCCAUCCAGGCUGCGGCCAGAGCGCCGCACGCAAGGGUUACGACAGCACGGGGACCUACGUGGACGUGUGGUUCAAAGGGGAGUGCGGUUCCAACUUCCCCUUCUACCUCCUUUGUACUUCCUGCAGGGAGAAGUAUCUUGCUGCGAACGUGAGCGGUCUAAAGAAUGAAAGGAUAAAAGCCAGUGAUUUGAUUGGCCAUUUGGACAGCACCUCUGAUGAUGAUUGGGAAAUGAACCACCAAGACCAGUGUGAUGCAGACAGACUGACAGGCCUGGAGGACUUUGGGCUCCUGCUAAGACCUCUGGGUCUGACUGAAAAGAAGCUGGUGCCCGACCCCAUCGCUUUUACUGAGCCUGAUCCACUUGGAGCUCUGGUUUAUUGCACGACUGAUCCUCUGAAGGCUGUCCCUAAAGGGGAUGCUGUGGUCGAGCAGAAGAUCUCCCUGAGCCUCGGGCAGCAGGCGAUGUCUCUGAGGGACUCUCAUGACCGACUCAAAGCACUAAGAAGAGUCACUUCCACAGCUCAGAUCCUGCUGGCGUACAGCAUGGUGAUGCGAGCCUUAUCUCAGACCGCUUACAGCCCAUCUAGCGGACUGGAGUCUCUUGGCCUGGCAGACAUCCGCAUCUUGGUGCGUCUGAUGACGCUCGCCGCAGCAGGCAGGGCUCACACUUGUGUGGACAGACGGUCCGCAGGCAGGGGGCCGGUCUCUGAGCACAGCAGCUCCAGCUGCCUCAGCUUCUUGACCUCAGCCAUCGGCAGCGUUGUGUCGCGCAGCGCCACCGCCUACAGGCAGCUGGUGGAGAUAUGUACUCAGGAUCUGAUGGCAGCAGCUACAGGACUGACGAAUGGAGGAUCCAGCGAUGCCCAGCAGAGAGCUUGCCUGACAUCCAGCGUGACAACCCCUGCUGCAGCAGCCCAGCAGCAGAGGGACUGCAGCGAACAACUGGCGUCUUUCCUGGUCACACAAAGUCUGGUAGCCUUGCUCACUGACAAUGGGGCUCACUGCCACGUCGCUGAGAAGCCUGACUAUGAGGCUCAUGGGCACCAAGGACUGUGUUCCAGCUUACCCACAGGCCCUUCCCCUCACCGAGCAUCCAAAGUGGGACCUCUCGAGCUGGCUAACGCUUUGGCGGCGUGCGUCCUGUCUGCCAUGUUGAACAGCCAUCACCGCCAGUGGGCAGCACGGCGACUGGUGCAGGCUUUAGCGGUGACGGGGCGGGACAGUCCUGGUCGGGCCCAGAGCUACAGCGACCUUGCUGGGGACCUGCGGAAGUGUCCCGUCAAAAGGCUGGAAGGACAUUAUAAUAAAAUGGCAACUUGUUUUUGGAACAGCGAGCAAAGUUUGCUGGCUACAUGCUCUCAGGAUAAAGUGGUGCAGCUGUGGAGCAUCAGUGAAAAUAAUGCACAGUUGCACACUACCUUCUCCUGUAUAACAAGUAAAACAGACAGAACAAGCUCUGAGAGCAGAAGAGGCCGAUGUCAUCACAUGUCGCCUGUGUACUGGAGCACAGGCGGCGAAUUCCUGGCGGCUCCGGAGAAUAAACACGUCACCAUCAUGAACAUCAGAGGGUCUCACUGUCACACGGAGGUUCAGUCAUCCCGAGUCACGACGCUGUGUUGGGCUCCGGCCUUCAGCUUGUGGCUUCUGGAGCAGCCUGGCGCUUACAAGAGCAGACCCACCGAAAGCUUGCUGGUGGGGCGGCUGGACGGGUCCCUUAGCUGGCUGCGUGUCACCAUGCAGGAGCUGGACUUGCUUGUAAAGACCACUGAGCUCACCCACUGCUACAGGACAGAGGCUCCGCAAUGUGUGGCCUGGCAUGGUGAGGAAAAGCCAUUUGCAGUCGGGUACCCCAGUGGAAAGAUACUUUUGGCCACAACUGAGACAUAUGAAAAUGAGCGAUUGGUGGUGCUUCCUGUCCACCAGGAUGGUGUUACUUCCCUCAAAUGGGAUCCCACAGGGCACCUGCUGCUCUGUUUGGGCAGGUCAGAGGUUGUGAAGAUUGUGGGACUCUCAGGGGGAGAAUGGGUGACACUCCACUCCCUGGUGCAUCCCUGCACCGUCAAUGUCGUUGAGUGGUGUCCACUUUCUGGCCGAGCCCCGGAUCCCAUGCUCAUGAUGGCUAUAGGUUGUCAGAAUGGCACUGUACAUGUAUGGAAGUUGCCACAAGGGGGUGCUGCUGUACCUUUGUCCAGCUCCUUGAGGGAGUCGAGAAACGCCAAUGAGAGUCCAACGUGCGUAUUUGUUCUUCACGCUCACAUUACCGCCGUGAAGUCGCUUUCAUUUUGCCCCAGUGGGAUGGCCUUGGUUUCUGGUGGCAUAGGAGGGCUGCUCAACAUCUGGUCCUUACAGGAUGGUUCAGUUCUCCAGACCGUUACAGGAUUGGGCUCUGUCGUCAGCACCACCUGGAUCCCAAAAAUGGGUGUUGUCGUCUGCUUCGGGCGAUCUAAGGAUGUUUUGUUGAUCUGCUGCACUCCAGACUGGAUCAGUCAGAAUCACGUGCUGGCUUCCUGCCGCAUGGUCCUCAGAAGCCAGAACAUCCUUGGUCUUCAUCGGGCUCCUUGUUUGGCGGUGCUGCUGGAGAGGCUGCCCUUGCUGCUGCAGGAGCAGUACGCCUACGAGCGGACCCACGUCGCUGCUGGUGACCAACUGGUCCACAGUGCCUUCCUGCAGAGCCUGGCCUCCCUGGCUGUCGGCUUGUCCUUAGAAGAACACCUGUGCCGGUACCCUUGUCCCCCGCAUCACAACCCCAACGCCCGAUCCUGCCCAUCCGAAUGGAGCUGGCUCGCCACCUACGCCACCACCGUGCGAAGUGCAGAGGCUAUCGCCAGCGGCAUCGUCUUUCCAGAAUCCUUUGCGGUUCCAGAAUUGGAGGAGCGGGAUGGGUCUGAAAUCUCAAAAGCCCUGGACAACAGCAAGUGGAGCUUCAGGAUGGACGAACAGCUGAUGUCUUGGGCCACCACUCGCCCAGAGGACUGGCAGCGGGGGGGCAAAAGUGAGGUGUACUUGUGGGGGAACGGACGCUACGGACAGCUGGCGGGAACGGGAAGCAAUCCCAUGACACCUACACUCGCGGCUGCUCUUCUGCAGACACAACAGGUGGUUUGCGGUCAGAACUGUACUUUCUUGGUUCAGUCCAAUGGGACCGUGCUAGCUUUAGGGGAAGGACAGUAUGGCAGGCUGGGACAAGGGAACUCGGAUGAUCUCUAUGUCCCCACUAUAAUUUGCGCUUUUCAGGGUUACGUGGUGACCCAGCUGGUGACGUCCUGCGGCUCAGACGGACACUCCAUGGCCCUGACGGAGACCGGGGAGGUCUUCAGCUGGGGGGACGGCGAUUUCGGAAAACUGGGACACGGCAACACUGAAAGACAGAGAAGACCCAAACAAAUAGAGGCGUUACAAGGAGAAGAGGUCAUUCAGCUUGCCUGUGGUUUCCGACAUUCUGCCGUGGUGACGUCCGAUGGGAAGCUGUUUACUUUUGGUAGCGGUGAAUCUGGCCGUCUUGGUCAAAGGUCAACUUCCAACAAGGUGCUCCCUGAAAGGGUGGCUGCUUUGGAGGGAUACCAUGUUGGACAGGUCUCCUGUGGUCUCAACCACACUUUGGUCUUGUCUGCGGACGGCACGAUUGUGUGGGCGUUUGGAGAUGGGGAUUACGGGAAAUUGGGGACUGGUUCCUCAACAGCAAAAUACUAUCCUCAGAAAGUGGAGCAGCUUUGCAAUAAAGGCAUCAAGAAGGUCAGCUGUGGAACACAAUUCUCUGUGGUCUUGGCCUGUGAUGGACACGUGUACACAUUUGGACAGGAGCGUCUGAUUGGCCUUCCAGACUCCAUGCUCAAGAACAGGUCAUGUCCUCAGGUGGUUCCCGCACUGGACGGGCUCUUCAUAGAGGACGUGACCCUGGGCUGUGAACACGUUCUCGCCUUGUCCUCCACUGGGGACGUCUACGUCUGGGGGUGUAAUAGUGACGGACAGCUGGGUCUCGGCCAUUCUAACCCGGUGAAGGAGCCCACUGUCGUGACAGCCCUCCAGGGGAAGAACAUCAGACAGAUCUCUGCAGGACGCUGCCACAGCUCAGCAUGGACCACGCCCACCUCUGUUAAAACUUCAGGUGGCUCGGGAAAUGUCCAGCUUGGUCUUCCGCAGUCUGUCCCUCCCCAGUACAACACCUUGAAAGGCUGCAGCCCUGAUGUGCUUUGCAUGCGCCUGAGGGUGCUCUACCACUUCUCAGAUCUGAUGUACAAGUCGUGGAGGCUGCUUAACCUUGACGCCAAGAAUCCGGUGUCCACCUCAAGAUACAAUUCAGGCACGGCAGCCAUUGUCCGUGGCGAGCUCAGAGGCCUCCUAUCACCAAAAGUCAACACUCUCCCUCUCGUACGCUCCAUUGGGAGAACCAUGACUCAGGGCAAAACAUAUGGCCCACAGAUCACUGUGAAGCGCAUUUCUACCAAGGGGCGCUCCAGCAAGCCCAUCUUUGUGCAAAUCGCCAAGCAAGUGGUGGGCCUGAAUCCUCUGGAGCUACGACUGCCAUCCAGAGCCUGGAAGGUCAAGCUGGUCGGCGAGGGAGCGGACGACGCCGGAGGGGUUUUUGACGACACCAUCACCGAGAUGUGCCAGGAAUUGCAGUCUGGCGUGGUGGACCUUUUGAUCCGUACACCCAACAGUUUUGCAGAUGUGGGCAGUCACACUGACAGGUUCCUCCUGAACCCAGGCUUGCGCUCAAAAGAUCACAUGGUCCAGUUUCGCUUCCUGGGCAUCCUGAUGGCUGUGGCCAUCCGCACCAAAAAACCUCUCGACUUGCAUCUGGCGCCAUGGGUGUGGAAGCAGCUCUGCUCCAUGCCGCUGGGGGAGCCCGACAUGGAGGAGGUGGACCUCCUCACCUACCGCACUUUGCAAGGGAUUCUCCACUUGGAAAACAGCGGCAUCACUGAGGAGAACUUCCAUGUGAUGAUACCGCUGGAUUCGUUCGUGGCCCACAGUGCAGAUGGGAGGCUGGUACCGGUGAUUCCCGGAGGUCAAAACAUUUCCCUGAACUUCUCCAAUCGGACAGAAUAUGUGGAGAGAGCUCUGGAGUACAGACUGCAUGAAAUGGACUCUCAGGUGUCGGCCGUUAGAGAGGGUAUGUCCACCAUCGUCCCCGUGCCCCUCCUCUCCCUGCUGACGGCCCAGCAGCUGGAGCAGCUGGUGUGCGGCCUGCCCGAGGUCUCAGUGGAGACGCUGAAGAAGCUCGUGCGGUACCGCGACAUGGCAGAGAGCCACCAGCUGGUCGGCUGGUUCUGGCAGAGCUUGGAGGAGUUCACCAACGAAGAGCGUGUGCUCUUCCUGCGCUUCGUCUCUGGCAGGUCCAGGCUGCCGUCCAACCCGGCAGACAUGACGCAGAAGUUUCAGAUCAUCAAGGUGGACCGGCCUGUCAAUGGACUCCCGACGGCUCAGACCUGCUUUUUCCUGCUCCGUCUUCCACCGUAUUCCAGCCAAGCCGUCCUGGCCGAGCGCCUGCGUUACUCCAUCCACAACUGCCCCUCCAUCGACAUGGACAACUACAUGCUGACACACAACACCGACCCCAUAGAGAGCUCUGACACGGAGGAGUGACUCGGGCCAUUAUGCACUGAUUUUUAAUUGCCAUAUUUUUUGUUGAUGUUGGAUGAGUGUGAUAUUUGUGCAAGGUGUUGUGUUGAAUAAUGCAGUGCUUCAUGUGAAAAGGUACUGAGACAUAAAUUAUUUCUUAUCAUAUACAGUAAACCACUGAAUCAAUGUGCCUGUUUGUUUGUAGAUAAUGUAAUAACCUGUCCAACAUAGGCAGGAAUAAUGUAAAAUAAAGUGUUUACUGGUAAACACUCAUUCAUUCAUUUAAGGUCAACAAACAAUCAACAUAACAUUCAAAUUAAUCAUCAAUGGAAAGGAGCAGAAAGAAGUAAAAAUGUCUGCCCUGUAUUUACACCGUUACAUUUGUUGUUCAACUCAAGAGAUCAUUUAGGCAAUUUUUCUCUAUUCAUAACAUACAUCAGUUUUUCUUGCAUUCAAAUUGCAAAACGGGUUACACAAUUAGAAAACAUGAUAAAACACUCAAUUUAAGUGAGUUGUCGUUAUUUAAAUCAUUUUUGAAGAGCAUAAAAUGCAUCAAUGUGUGAUGAAAACAAAUGCUUAUACAUACAAUCCCCAUAACAAAUACAAAUGAUUGACAUGGGUACUUUGUUGUUUUUAGCUAACUUUUAUCCGGAUAAGGAACCCAUUUAGAUCAAGCUCUCCUCACAGAAAAGUAGUAAGUUAAGACAUGUAUUUUAAGAUGCAUAAAGGGAAACUAAAAACAAGAUUUACACCAGGGGUCCCCAAACUUUUUGACGAGGAUAGGAUAUGUCUUUAUUGUGAUUGCACAAGUACAACGAAACUUUGUUUUCAGCCCAAGCCCGUUCAAGAUGAGACAAACAAACAGUGUACAGGGUUACAGAACAGGAACGCUGAUAGGUCGCCACAAGGCGCCCCGUAAAAGAUGGGAAAAGGUCAAACGCUGGGGAAGAAUGAGUAAAAAAAUACAAUCUCGACUGGGCUCCUAAGGGGGCCCAGUGUGGAGUGGGAAAAAAAAAACCUCCAUAGCAAAGCACAUAUACGUAUUACAACAUACAUCUCGAGAUAUCUAGCAACAGAGGGAAGGGAGUGCGGGGUCAUGGUGGCGGGCCGCAGCUCUCAGGCGCUGCUCAUCCUUCCAUAACCCCUAUGGGAUUCGCGUCAAGGGCGUUAGAUGGGGGGUGGGGUAUGUGUGUGUGGCGUAUAUGUUUUUGUGGAUGCAUGUGUGUGUGUGUGUGUGUAAGCCUGCAGUGUGUCUCUGUUCCGCGGCCUUGAUGUUGUGCAGCCGCUAGUCAGUCCAAAGUCAACAACAAGUGUAUGUCCAUGAGAGACAAGAAGGGAGUUUGUUGUGUUUCGCCGCACUGUCCUUCGGGAGAGUCUCGAAGCCAGGGAAACAAUCCAAGUUAGAAUGUUUUGUACACGAGUGAAAAUAAAAUUUGCUUUUCACUCUAAAUUGUCUAUGACUGGUCCUCAAAAACCUGCGGGGCAGACAGUCCGAUGUGAUCCAAAUCCCAAAGUGUCCACAGUUCUUCCCGCAUCCUCCAAUCAUUUGUGGCAGCUCUGGGCUACUUUGAAGACUGCCAGCAACUUUCAAUUUGUCCACAAACCAGAGCAACGCUUACUCCAAUCAGCAGAUGUCCUGUUGUCAUAAUUCCUAAUAGGUAGAUAUCUUCACGUCCUUGACUGAAAAAGGGUCGCCAGGCACGCGGCACUCCUUCUUCUGCCAAGAGUCCGUCACGACAAGCAGGUUCCCCCAAACCCAAGAUAUUGUCAAAUUCGUUGAGGCCAGUUAAAUAGUUCCAAUGUUUGAAUUUGGAGAGCAGUGCAAAAAGAGGCAACAAGAAAGUUAAGACAAGACAAGACAAAGAAGCAAGCAGGAGAGAUAAGGGAGAGGACAAAAGUACAAGGUCUGGGUUUUAUUUACUGUAUAUACAGCCUGCAGUAUAUUUGCUAUAUUAACAUUAGUCAGACCAACGUUUGACAAUUGAGGAUUUAACGCCUCAAACAAUUUGAUAUACUGUAGCUGUCAUAUCAGACCAAGUCCCAGAUUAAGUAACUCAAAGAAUUUGGAAAAACAUUUGUUGUCCUUUUUGAGGUCUGUUGUAUGUUUUUUUCUGCAUUCAUUCAGGUAAAAGUCAGACUUGGCUCUCUUAAAGGCCUACUGAAACCCACUACUACCGACCACGCAGUCUGAUAGUUUAUAUAUCAAUGAUGAAAUCUUAACAUUGCAACACAUGCCAAUACAGCCGGGUUAGCUUACUUAAGUGCAAUUUUAAAUUUCACGCGAAAUAUCCUGCUGAAAAUGUCUCGGUAUGAUGAUGUCAGCGUGUCACGUCGCGGAUUGUAGAGGACAUUUUGGGACAGCAUGGUGGCCAGCUAUUAAGUCGUCUGUUUUCAUCGCAAAAUUCCACAGUAUUCUGGACAUCUGUGUUGGUGAAUCUUUUGCAAUUUGUUCAAUGAACAAUGGAGACAGCAAAGAAGAAAGCUGUAGGUGGGAAGCGGUGUAUUACGGCCGACUUCAGCAACCCAAACACGGCCGGUGUUUCAUUGUUUACAUUC